GAAACCCCACAACUAUAACAUCUGUUUGCACGGUUGCGCGUUUACGGUCUGACAGACAGCAGGGCAGUCUCUGUUCCACCAAUUACCGGCCGGUGUGUGUGUGUCUCUGGGCGGCCUCUCUCUCUGCGCGAGGACAGACAAACAGUAUCUGCGGGACAAACCGUUCACGACACUAUACUCUGCGCCAUGGGGUCUCCUGCGGCUCGAGCCUGCUGCACAGCAUUGGUCUUGGUGUUACUGAGCUCAGCAUCCGAGGAAGGGAAAGCCGUCGAGCAACGCGAGGUCACCUUCGACAUUGACGAAUUCAUGCAAGAAAUGCAACUACCCCAUUCCGCAAAUACCUGGAAGGUCCAGGAGCUAGGCUUGACAGCUAGAGGAGGUCGACCAAGUUUUCGGCCCCGUUCCGCUGGUGGCCCUCCACGGCUGGAAUAUCCUGUUGAGUUCCCCCUCGGCCAACCGACUUUCGACAAUAUCCAAGCCAUCUGUAUCAAUGGAGACCAUCGUCCCCGUUACCCAGACUCGUACUUUCCUGUCAGUGGUUAUGGGAAGUUGAAGCGAAUGGCCAGUUCUGUCAACGAGUUAGAGUACCUCUUAAAUGCAUGCUGCGGGAGCAACCACACGUGGGGGAUAGAGGUGACGCUGUGUUGCGCCUCAAUGGCGUGGAAGUUCGCAAUCAAUUCCUACUGUGAGGAGGACGCAAGCAUAAAGGAUCGUCAAUCUGAAUGCUGCAAGCCGAGGGGCAGCGACAGGCUAAACUGCUUCCAUAACGAAGCUCCGAACCCAAACUACACGGCGACACAGGAGCUGCCGGUGCCACAGAUUCCCUCCACUGAAACCUUUGACUUUACCCCCACGGAUUGUCCGCGGAAAAUACAGAGUCCGUACGUUCCCAGAGCACAAACAAAUGUUAUACAAUCUCCUAAAAAAGACUUCAACUUUCCUCCCGGACGACCCUCUGCUGACAACAUUGAAUCACUGUGUCGCGACCAGAAGCUACGCCCCCUCUACAAAGUCAAUUGCCUUCGAAAUUCAGGCUAUGAAUUGAUGUCCCAUCAGGCAAAGACCAUUAAUCGUGUAGAGAAGGGAUUCAAACAGUGCUGCAAAAAGAAGCAGGGUGUGCUCGAGUGUGCUGACCAGAAGUGGCGUGAGGAGCUUAGCAAGUUUUGCUUGAACAAGAACGGUGAACCAGUGGAUUUCGAGUGUUGUUUUGACAACGUGGAAGAUAGCCGAUACACCUGUUUCAAAAACCUUUCUCCUGACCCAUAUUAUAAUCUGACCUCCGCUGCUAAAGAGCUCUCCCUUCACAACAUCUGUGACACUCACAAGAUCAUCACGAAGAAGUUCCCUGUUGGUUUUCCUCUCAAGAGCUUUGUGAACCAAUGCUGCCCCCUGUCUGAAGAAGAGAGGGUCCUUUGUUUUGCGCAGGAGCUCAUCGCAGUAUCAAAGCAAUGUUGGAAUUCUCCUCCAUCUCUCCGUCACUGUUGCAGCAUGUCUUCACACGAGCGGCCGCAGUGUAUCUCCAAAAUUAUUGUGAAUGCCAUCACCAAAGCCUCCAGUGAAAAGAAAAAGUGCCCUCUCCCCUAUAUACUCUGAUGACCUUUGGCUGCUGAUCCUAUGGCACUGGGCCAUUCAGGGAAAUAUCAAGCUAGCAGCAGAGAUGACCUCUGAUCAUAAACAGGAAAUAUUUCAGGUCUGUAAGGGAAUGUGGACCACAUUAUAGCUUCUGCCAGUUUUCUUUUCAUCUUUUUAUCUGAGAUCAAAUUAGAAGCUUUGUUAUCACAAGAAUACAUUUAAAAAGAAACAUACAACAGUGUUUAAUUCUUGUUUUACUGUACAACUAUUUUCUAUGGCUACGCUUUACAUAUUUGAUUAUGGAUGCAUUUUAUUGAUUGAUUUGGAACUGCAAAAUCAGUUAUCAUCCUUGUUUUGUGUGUAGAGAUCAUAUCUACAACAGUUAUAAUAAAAACGUAUUGAAAUAUA